AUGGGGACCGAGUGUGUGUCCCCACCUGUCAAACGGUCCCCACCGCGUGCAGAGUGGUACCUGUCACAUGUGUCCCUGCUCCUCCCUAAGCCCCGCCCCCUUACCUGGGCCAUGUUUCCGUCUCCGUACCUGAGCGCUGUGAGUCCAGACGCCAAAGCCGGGACUGAAGUCUACAGGCUGUCUGUGAGAAGACCGGACCAGAACCAAGACCAGGACCAGGACCAGGACCCAGACCAGAGCCGCCACACUCCCUCGGUGCAGUUCAGCCUCGUGGAAGGGGGGGAGGGCUGCUUCGAGGUGGACCAGCGCUCAGGUCAGAUCCGGACCACAGGACGACCUUUGACCCCCGGAGCGGAGUACCUCCUGCAGGUCCAAGUCCAGACCCAAGACCAGGACCAGGACCCAGGCUCCGGCCGGGUGCUCUCUGCCUCCGUGUGGGUGCUGGCGGGUCUCAGAGCGCCACAGUUCACCAACGAGAGCUACGUCCUGAGGGUGGAGGAGAACAGCGCCCCCUCUCAGCCAGUGGGCGUGGUGGAGGCUGUCUCGUUCCAGUCCCGCCCCCUUUCCUACGUCCUGCUGCUGAACCCUGGAAACCUGUUCAGUGUGAACCAGGCGACGGGAACGCUCACCCUGACCCGGAAUGUGGACUACGAGAGCGGACACAACAUCCACGCUCUGCAGCUCCGAGCCACCGAGGAGGAGACCGCGCUCAGCUCUGUGACUGAGGUGGUGGUGCACAUCACAGAUGUAAACGACUGCACUCCUGAGUUCCUUCAGUCCAUUUACACCAGAGACAACGUCCCAGAAACCAUCAGCCCCGGGACCUCUGUACUACAGGUUCUGGCUCGUGACUGUGACUCUGGUCUGAACUCGGACUUGUCAUACUCGGUUUUGUCUGAGGACUUUUCCAUCUCGUCUCUGGGUGUGCUCAGUCCGGUGCGGCGGCUGGAUUUCGAACGGACCAAUCACGUGUACGAGUUUGUGGUGGUCGCUGUGGACGCGGGAACGCCCCCCAGAACAGGCUCCGCCUCCGUCCGCAUCCGGGUUGCCAAUAGCAACGACGAACCGCCAGUCUUCUCCCAAAACAUAUAUCGUACGUUCCUGAGCGAGGACGCCGGGCCGGAUGCUCUGGUCGCCAUCGUCCACGCCCACGACCCCGACGGAGACGCUGUGACCUACGCCAUCACCGGGGGCAACGAGGACAGCAACUUCGUCCUGGACAGACACAGAGGGGUGAUAAAGCUCCGCCGUAGCCCCGCCCCCUCUCUCUCCGGGCCGCAGUACGCCCUGAACGUCACGGCAACCGACGACAACGCGUCCGGCGGGCCACACCCCCUCAGCUCCACCGCACAGGUCCUGGUGGGAAUCAACGACAUCAACAACAACAAACCCAUCUUCACACAGUGUUCAGAGUACAGCGCUCAGGCCUCUGUGUUGGAGAACCAGCCCCCAGGAGUCUCGGUGCUGCGUGUCCAGGCCCAGGACGCCGACCUGGGCCAGAACGGAGAAGUGCACUACGGCCUCAUGGAGAGAGACGGUGUCCAGUCAGGAUUCAGCAUCGACCCUCUGACAGGAGUCAUCACAACAACGAUGACCUUUGACCGCGAGCGUCAGAGGGAGCUCAGCCUGUCGGUGACGGCCACAGACCGAGGGGAGGAGCCUCUGAUCGGCAUCUGUGUCAUCACCGUCGCCGUGGGAGACGAGAACGACAACACACCGCGCUUCGAAAACAGCCGCUACCAAUACUUCCUGAGAGAGGACACUCCGGUCGGGACUAGUUUUCUGCGGGCGGCGGCACACGAUGAUGACCAGGGCAGCAACGCGGCCAUCACAUACUCCCUGACCAAUCAGAGUCCAGCUUACUUAGGGGUGAAUCCCAGUACGGGCUGGAUCUAUGUCAACCACCCCAUUUCACAGACGUCCAGGAUCACACAGAAGAUCGUCGCCAUGGACGCAGGAAAUCGGAGCAGCUCUGUGGAGCUGAGUGUCACCAUCACCAACCUGCACAACCAGCCCCCCCUGUGGGACAAGAGCGAGUACUACGUCACUAUACCAGAGAACACAGCAAGAGACGCCAAGAUACUGACCAUCCGAGCGACCUCUCCCCUGGGUGACCCCCGUGUGACCUAUAACCUGGAGGAGGGUCUGGUACCAGAGACCAACCUGCCCGUCCGCUUCUACCUCAAACCAAACCGGUCCGACGGGUCUGCGUCUGUCCUCGUGGCUGAGAACCUGGACUACGAGACCACGCGGUUCUACACGCUCAGAGUGAGAGUCCAGAACGUGGCUGCGGUUCCUCUGGCCUCCUUCACCACGGUCUACGUCAAUGUGACCGAUGUGAACGACAACGUGCCGUUCUUCCAGUCGUCCACAUACGAGGCCACAGUCCCAGAGGGGGCCCACAGCGGGACCACCGUCAUCCAGGUCUCUGCCACAGACCGGGACUCUGGACCUCACGGGGCGGUCCGGUACUCUCUGUUGGGGGACGACAGUGGAGAUUCUCAGUUCUUCAGGAUAGACCCAGAGUCCGGUACCAUCGAGACUCGGGCCUCGUUGGAUCGGGAGCAGAAGUCCUCGUACCUUCUGGAGGUCCAGUCUGAGGACGGGACUGAGUCUGCCAGAGCGGGACUUCAGGGACUGCCCAACACCGACACGGCGUAUGUGCGUGUGUUUGUGGCCGAUGUGAACGAUAAUGCACCACAGUUUGAGAAGCCUCUGUACGAAGUGAGCGUGGACGAGGACCAGGAAGUGGGCUACGGCGUCAUCACCGUGACUGCCACCGACCACGACGAAGGAGCGAAUGCUAAACUGCGAUACCAGGUGUCGUCGGGCGGGUCUGGUCCAGGUCUGGGCUGGUUCGACGUGGAUCCGGAGGUGGGGCGGGUGUUCGUGGCGCAGCGUCUGGACUUUGAGACGCGGCGCAGACUGGAGCUGAGGCUGGUGGCGUCCGACGGGAAAUGGUCCAAUGAGACGCUCCUGAUCAUCGACAUCAUCAACCACAACGACGAGGCGCCGGUGUUUAGCCACGCCCUCUACCACGCGACUGUGCAGGAGGAGAGCGCAACACUGCCACUGCUGAUCCUACAGGUCUCUGCCGUAGACCCAGACCUGGACUCAGACCAGUCUCAGCUCCGGUUCUCUCUCCACGGUCAGGGCUCCGGAGGCGACUUCUCCAUCGACCCUCAAAGCGGCUCGAUCUACGCCCUGCGCCGCCUCGACCGAGAAGAGCGCCCCCACUGGAGGUUCCUGGUCCUGGCCACAGACGAGGGCGGGGCGGGGCUCACGGGAUUCGCAGACGUGGUCUUGGAAGUGAAAGACAUAAAUGAUAACGCUCCGUUCUUCCCUUGUGCGGCUCUGGAGGAGGACGGAUGUUUCGUGGGGCGCGUUCCGGAAAAUUCUCCUGCCGACACGUCUGUGAUGGAGAUGAGGGCCAUGGACCUGGACGAUCCCAACGAAGGGACCAACGCGGUGCUCACAUACAGCAUCGUGCAGAACGUGAAAAAUGAGAUAAACCUGAAUCUGUUUGCGAUUAAUGCGAGCACAGGGACGAUCUCCACGGUACUGCGCUCUCUGGACAGGGAGCAGCAGCAGCGCCUCCUGGUGGUGGUAGAGGCACGUGACGGAGGGGGGCUCAGGGGGACGGGCACAGCGACCAUCCUGGUGACGGACGUGAACGAUCAUCCUCCAGUGUUCACACAGGACUCCUACUCUGUUCAGAUGUCUGAGGACCUGGAGGUGAACACUGAGCUCCUGGUGGUCUCGGCUACAGACGCGGACUUGGGUGAAAAUGCGGCGGUGACGUUCAGUAUCGUGGACGGAGACGAAGAGCGAAAGUUCUUCAUUGAAACGAACAAAACAAACAACUGUGGAGUCCUCAAACUCCAGAAGAAAGUGGACUUUGAGAAACUGAAUGAGAGGAGUUUUAACCUGACGCUGAAGGCGGAAGAUGCAGACUUCUACUGCCUCAGCCACGUGCUCAUACAGGUUCGUGACGCUAACGACAAUGCUCCAGUUUUCCUGCCACAGUUUUAUGAAGCUCCAGCGAUGUCCGAGGAUUCUGCUCUGGGAUCCAUCAUCGCUCAGGUCACCGCCUCAGACCUUGAUGCAGGACAAAAUGGCCGCUUCUCCUUCAGCAUCUCCGCAGAGUCUGAUCCUCACGGGCAGUUUGCGGUGGACGGGUCUGGGAGGGUCAUGUUAGCUGAUUCUUUGGACCGAGAGAAGAUCUGGCAGCAUCGGAUUGUUGUUUUAGCCACAGACAUGGGUGAGCCUGCGCUGACCGGCACUGCUAUCGUGAUGCUAAUGGUUUUGGACAUUAACGAUAACGCUCCAGAGUUUGACGCAGAUUAUGAGCCGAUAGUUUGGGAAAACACGGGCUCUCCUCAGGUCGUGAAGAUGAACAGUUCCUCAGUUUUGCUUCACGUCAAAGACCGAGAUGCGAGUGGAAAUGGAGCGCCGUUUAAGAUUCAGAUGCUGCAGCUAACGCCGGACGCGGCGAGCUUUAACCUGACGGACCUGGGUAACGGUAGCGCUACGCUAACGGCGCUGAGGACGUUCGACAGAGAGCAGCAGAGGGAGUAUCAAGUACCCAUAAUGCUUCAGGACAGCGGAGCUCCACCUCUCAGCGCCACACACACUGUCACCGUGACGAUUGGAGACAGAAACGACAACCCACAUGAACCAGCGCACACCACCUUCAUCCUCUACAGCUACGACGGUCUCCUCCCUGAGACGCUCCUGGGGAAGGUCCAAGCUCCAGACCCGGACGACUGGGGACAGAAACACUACAGCUUCAAAGGGACUCCACCCAGUGUUUUCAGUCUGAACCAGAGCUCGGGUCACCUGUCCAUCUCUGAGGCCACGCCCCCUGGCUCGUACCUGCUGCAGGUGGGCGUGGCCGACCACACCUGGCCUGAGGUCACCUGCAGCGUGAGCGUGGAGGUGAGAGAGCUCCCCCCAGAGGCCCUGAGGAACGCUGCAGCCAUCAGGAUACACAAUUGGACUCAGGAUCAGUUCUUCGGCCCUGGCCUUGAGCAGAGUGUGUUUUCUCGUCUCUCUGGAGCCGUGUCAGACCUUCUCCACCUCCCCCCUGACUACGUGGAUGUCUUCUCCCUGAGAGAGGUCUCCCUCCCUGGGUACACGGCUCUGGACCUCUGGCUCUCUGCUCACGGAGCCUCCUACCUCCCACCAGAGAAAGUACUCGCAUACAUGAGCGCAUACAAGGACAAGAAGCUGCUCAUCAACUUCUCUCAGUGCACCAUGGAAAGUGUUCUGACGUACUGCUGCACAUCACAGUACGGAGCACACACAGCUGCUGAAGAGGAGGACCUGCAGCGAGGGGUGAGAACAGCUCAGAGGGCGGUGGGCUCCUUGCUCCCGAACCUGGCCAUCAACUACUCUUCACGUCUCUGCACACCGGUCUCCAACAUCCUGAAGGACUCACACACCCUGGGACCUGCCUCUUCUGUGCUGGAGUCCUCUCUGGGUGUCUCUCUGUCUCCGAUGGAUGACUGUCCCCUGGUGGACUGCUCUGGCGGCUGCAGCACAGAGGUGGACUUCAGUCUAGACCCCAUCCCACUGGGGUCUGGUCCCGUGGUCCUGGUCUCAGUUAAACCCUCAGUGAAGACUGAGUGUGGCUGUAGAUCCAGAGAGCACACCCAUGGCUCCUGCUCCUCCUACCCCACAAACCCCUGCCUGAACGGGGGCAGCUGCUCCGACGGGCCCCUGGGCUUCAGGUGCCGCUGUCCCCCUCUGCUGGACGGCCCUCGCUGUGAGCUGACUCGUAUCUCAUUCGGAGGUUCUGGCUUCUCCUGGUUUCCUCCUCUUCGGCUCUGCUCCUUCAGUCGUCUGUCUCUGGAGUUCCUCUCUGAGUCGUCCUCUGGGCUCCUGCUGUACCAGGGGCCCCUGACUCCAGCACAGGGAGAGGGCCAGAGUCCCCUCACUCCAGCACAGGGAGAGAGUCAGGAGUUCAUCGCUCUGGAGCUGAUCGAAGGCGUCGCCGUCCUCAGUCUAAACCUGGGAUCAGAGACAGUGACUCUGGCUCUGUCCUCUGAGUCUGCAGUGAGAGACCGAGCCUGGCACCGGCUGGACGUCCUCAUUCAGGGGGAGUUUGUGGAGCUGAGUCUGGAUCAGUGCAGUGAGUCGGGCUGCAGAGCGAGCGGACAUGUUACUGGAGAACACAGGCUGCUGGACGUGUGGCUCCCCCUGCAGGUGGGUGGGGUGAAGCACUUCUCUCCUCUGCACAGAUUCACCAGCUUCAGCGGCUGCAUCAGGAACCUCGUGGUGAACUCAGAGGUGUAUGAUCUGGCUUCUCCAGCAGAAAGUCUGGACUCGUACCCGGGCUGCAGGCUCACAGACGGACUGUGUCUGACCACCACAGGCCCCUCUUGUGGAGAACAUGCCUCCUGUACAUCCCAGUGGGGCUCCUUCAGCUGUGACUGCCACCCAGGGUUCACCGGACACAAGUGUGAGACAGUGGUCCCAGAGUUUUCUUUAGCCGGGGAUAGUGUGGUGCGACUCCAGCCCAGAGGAGGUGCUAAUCCUCGGAGAACAUCAGUUCAACUGCUGCUAAGGACCAGAGAUGAACAGGGGACCAUUCUGACAGUGGAGACGAGAGAUGGACACUAUCUGUGUUUGGAGGGAGAAGACCCUAGACACCAAAUGCUUGUCUAUGAGCACCUGCCCAAGGCCUGGUUAAAGAGGGGAGGCAAUGUCAGAGCUGGUCUCCUCUUGGUCCACUCAGACCUGGGAUCUGGACCUCAGACUCUGGUUCUUUCUGGGCUCAGAGUGAAUGUGGGGGAGUGGAUCUAUGCCGAGCUCUACCGCUACGAUACCCACCUCUCCCUGAGCCUGGAGGGGGGAGGGGGGAGGAGGGAGGUGGAGGGGAAGGUGGACAGGGGAAGAGGGGGAGGAGGAGGAGGGGUGGAGAUGAACCAGGUCACUGUGACUGUGGGGAGAGGAGACAGAGGAGACAACGGGACCACAGGGUUUCAAGGUUUACAGUCGACUGUCCACCUUCAUUUUAAAGCCACAAACCAGUCAUCUGAAGACAGUGAGGCGCAGAAUUUAAGCAAGGACAAGGCUAUAACGCUUCUCUCAGGGCAGAGCUAA